AUGCACAGAUUGGCGACCAAGCUUGGUAGCCUGAGAAUGGUGUCAUCUAGGGCAAGCCCAGUCAAGGCUACCCGCGAAGCGAUCGACGCAGCAGUGGCUCGAGGCUGGACUGUCGUCGCCGGCAAGGAGAUGGGUCAGGCAAGACUUCACAAAGAGCUUGCCUUCAAGGGCUUCAAGCAAGCAUGGGCGUUCAUGAACCUGGUCGCAAUUGCUGCCACGGAUCUCAAGCAUCACCCGGAGUGGAGCAACGUCUACUCGAAAGUCUCGAUUAAUCUUACAACGCACGUCGCAGAGGUACCCAACAGUCUGACAGUACUCGACAUUCAGCUUGCCGAACGUAUCGACCAGGCAGAGCAAAUCACGCGUAGUGGAGAUCACCCAUAG